AUGAUGGUAUCAACAGUAUCUUGGCGGCUUCUUGUUGUUGUGCUGUUUUGUUACCUUUCUACCCAAAUUCAAGGUCAGAGUGCAGGCGGGUACAUUCGAAUCGAUGAACGACACGCCUACUCCCUAUCCACUUUCAACCCCCAAGGACGACUUCAACAAGUGGAUUAUGCCAUGGAAGCAGCCGCCCUAGGGACACCAGUGUUGGUUCUGUGUCGACCUCAAGAAGGAGUUCUCCUCAUGGCAUCUCCUCAGGUUUUGCCCUCCAUGUUUGUUCUGGAUGAUGGAACGGCACGAUUCCUGCGAGUGACACCCAAUCUCAUGGUGGCCCAUUCGGGAGUAUCUGCCGAUGGGAGAGUCCUGUGUGCAGCAGCCCAAGAAUUGGCAAUACAACACGAAUACGUCUAUGAUGAAGAAAUUCCCAUUGAUAUCUUUUUGGAAGAAGUUUCCUUGCUUUAUCAAGAGCAUACCAUGAAGAUUGCCGCGCGGCCAUUUGGUGCUACGAUGAUUGUGGCGUACCAAGAACCGGCACAAAACAUUGCCAAUCAAGAAGACAGCACCGCCACCAUGUUGCCACACUGCUUUUAUCGGAUAGAUCCUUCUGGAGCUGUAGAAUGUUUGGGGGGUAAUUUUGGAGUUAUUAAUGGAGGAGACAAAUUCCAAAAGGACAAUCAGCUAUGGAAUGAUUUAAAGGACAUUUCGCAAUCAACCGAGCCGCUCACAAUGCAACAAGGACGACAAAAGCUGGUAGAAGUAUUGCUGAAUGCUUUGAAACGUGCAGCAGAUGACAAAGCAGUAUUCACCAAAGAUAAGAAUUCCAAAAAGGCAGACAAGGGAAACAUUGACAACAACAACAACAAACAAAGCUACGUCCCGGCAUCGCUAAAGAAUGUCCGACGAAUACUCACGGCUUCCCUGUCUCAUCAAGAAGGAAUGGCAAUGGACCGAUUUGAAUUGUCCAGAGGGGAAAUUGUACCACCAGGGGACAGGCCAACAACAUAG